GUAAAGCCUUAAGCAUGUCGCAACUGUAGCGUACAAUUGGUGCUGAUGGCAGCAUGAGUGACAUGGCGCAGUCCCCUCUUUGCAUGGCUUACGCGAAAGAAGUGUGAGGCUAUGAAUUUCGCCAGUUUUGUUGCGAGAAUCGAGCCAAUGAGGUGCAUUCGCGUUCGGAAUCAGGGGCUGCUAGGCUGGUGGUUACUGGUAAUGAUGAACGCUCCGGUUUUUGGUAAAGCAUUCGGGGUAUGGCGAAAAAUCCGAAAACCAUCUUCUAAUGAUAGGAUUGGCCAUCCUCUGAAGAAGAUUGUUUUCGUUCCCGUCGGCUCUUCCCUUUGGGCGCCUGACUAGUCAUCAGCGCGGUCAUUGUGGAAGGUAUGUCGGUGGGUUUGCUUUUUAAUCGCAACAAAGGUAAAUGAAAAAUAAAAAAGUGGGCUUAAUGUCCUGUGGACG